AUUAUGCACACUCGCUUUUCUUCUUUGACUUUUUGCAGCUGUACCUAUCACACUACGUCCUCUAUAACAGGAGUUUUGUCUUCAUUGUAUUUUUAGAUUCUGUCCUAUUUGUACUGAAGUGAGGAUGUAGUUUUUCAUCCACUUAUACUUAGUAGAUUAUUAGUUAAUUCUUAGUAGAUUAGCUGCCUUUCCCAGCAUGGAUAAUUGCAUAGCUGAAGAUAUUUCCUUAGGUAUCAGAAAGUUUGUUCUGACUUGUUGGAUUGGAUUGAAAUUGGAUUGAAAGUACAUAAACUGACCCAAUAUACCAACACAGUAUGAAGCAGCUGUGUACAAUUCAUUUUGUUGUAUUCUUUAUGUAUUUCAGGAAUUUUGAUGUUUUGCCUGCAUUUCUGGAUAACAUACCUGGAUCACGAUGGAAUUUGGACCAUCAAAAAAUUUUACCCACACUGAAUUCUAUCUAAUUGGAUUUACCUCUCUAAAAGAAUACCGAAGACUUCUUUUCAUCCCAUUUAGCAUAAUGUUCAUCUUUGCAGUCAGCACUAAUUUCGCCCUUGUGUUUGUCAUUACACGGCAGAGGACACUUCAUUCUCCAAUGUAUGUGCUGAUAUGUUUCAUAGCAUGCGUGGAUAUAUGUGUGUCAUGCUGUGUUCUCCCACGAUUGUUAUUUAGUUUAGCAUCAGGGAUCAAUGUUUGGCCUCGAGAAUUAUGUCUGAUCCAGAUGUUUUUUGUUCACUAUGCCUGCAGUUUUCAGUCCACAAUCUUGUUUGGGAUGGCUGUAGAUCGCUACUUUGCUAUAUGCAUGCCAUUACGGUACAACAAUUUUAUGAGUUUUACUAAUUGUAUGAUUGCUACAGGUAUAAUUGUAAUUCGUAAUAUGUUAAUUAUAACAGCCAUGGUUGCUUUGGUUGGAACACUUAGAUUCUGUUCGUCUAAUGUUCUUUAUCAUGUUCAUUGUGAACAUCAGCUGGUAGUCACCUUGGCAAGCCCCUGUGAAGACACCACAAAGAACUAUUUAGCUGGUCUGAUCAGUUUCUGUGUGCCGACUAUUGACUGCGUUGGCAUUGCAUUUUCCUACAUUACUAUAUUUUUUGUGAUUUUCCAAUCAGCCUCAGGAGAGUCACAUAGCAAAGCCAUCUCCACUUGUACCACCCACUUGAUAGUUAUCUGUAUUACCUACUUCACCUCCAUGGUGGCCUUCCUGGCUUACAGAAUCCAGUCAGGCCUUACAUCUGACCAACGUAUCCUUAUUAGUCUUGGAUAUUUACUUGUCCCUGGUAUCUGCAACCCAAUGAUCUAUGGUAUCAGGAAUAAAGAAAUACGGCAACAGUUCAUAAAACUUCUUAGACUAAAUAAGGUUGAUGAUUUCUGA